AUGGCGGCCCCAAGGAAAGAUGAAGAAUCUGCGGGCCAUAUCGAAGCCGAGAAGCGCCCUACAACCUCGAGUGCUUCAUCUUCUUCGGGAGACAAGGCUCACCGUGAACGUGUCGAAGAUGAACCUGUGCGCCAGUCCAGCGUGGCGGCAAAGUUGCGCAACCCACUGGCGGGCAUGACAGAGGAGCAAGUACUGGCAGACGCAGACGCAUUCGUUGAUGCCCGCGGACUUGGCGACAAGCGCGAUGCAUUCCGGAAAGGCGCUCUCCUCUCACGUGUUGCUCAGCGGGAGAAUGGAUUUGAAAACAUUUCAAUGCUGAGUGAGGAAGAAAAAAGUUGGCUGCGUGAUGAAAUCACUUUCCGCUGGCGUCACCCCUUUCAGCUCUACUUUUUGGUGAUUCUCUGUGCUGGCUCUGCCAUUGUGCAGGGAAUGGAUCAGACUGCCGUCAACGGAGCACAACAGUUCUACUUCGAACACUUCAACAUCAGUGAUGAUGCGGUAUGGCAACGAGGUCUACUGAACGGAGCGCCCUACCUAGCCUCCGCUGCCGUUGGAUGCUGGACCAACGCUCCUCUCAACAAGUUCUUUGGCCGUCGCGGAACCAUCUUCAUCUCCUGCUUCAUCAGCUUUGCGACUGGAAUCUGGAUGGCAGUAGCCGACUCGUGGUACAAUCUCCUAAUCGCACGAUUCGCUCUGGGUUUCGCAGUCGGUGCAAAGUCUAGCACGACGCCCGUCUACGCUGCGGAAUCGGCACCCAAGACCAUCCGAGGCGCGUUGACCAUGAUGUGGCAGAUGUGGACUGCGUUCGGAAUCAUGCUCGGCUUCGUCGUCUCCGUCGCCUUCCAAGACACGACCUUCCUUGGCGGCGAGAACAGUCAAUGGCGAUGGAUGCUGGGUUCCACUUCGAUUCCCCCUCUCAUCGUCAUGGUACAGGUCUAUCUCUGUCCCGAAUCCCCCCGAUGGUACAUGGAAAAGGGCAAAUACGACAAGGCAUUCAACUCCCUGCAGCGUCUUCGUAGUCACGAUAUCCAGGCUGCUCGCGAUAUGUACUACGCUUUCAAACUUUUGGAAGUUGAAGCCUCCCAGCGUGAGGGCAAGUCUUUGUGGAAGGAGUUCUUCUUGGUCAAGCGCAAUCGCCGCGCGGCCCAGAGUAGUUUCUUCGUCAUGUUUAUGCAGCAGUUUUGCGGAGUCAACGUUAUCGCCUACUACAGUACCCAGAUCUUUGAGAAUGCCGGAUUUUCUCGUUCAAACGCCCUACUAGUCUCACUAGGAACCGGCAUCGUCAACUUCCUCUUCGCCAUUCCAGCCGUCUACACAAUCGACACUUUUGGACGACGAAACUUGCUCCUGACGACCUUUCCAUUAAUGUCCCUGUGUCUCUUCUGGGCCGGCUUCYCCUUCCUCAUCCCAAACCGCAUUAACCCCAAUUACGUUCCAGGCUCCGACCUACCGGCAGAGCAGCCGACGAUACCCUCUCAAGCGCAGCUCGGCAGCGUUGCAGCAGCAAUUUACACCUUCAUGGCAGUUUACAGUCCGGGAGAAGGUCCUGUACCAUUCACUUACAGUGCCGAAGCUUUCCCGCUGUACAUCCGUGAUAUUGGCAUGUCGUUCGCAACGGCAACAACUUGGGGUUUCAACUUCAUCCUCUCCCUAACCUGGCCCGCUCUAGAAGCCGCUUUCACCAGCACGGGCGCUUUCUGCUGGUACGCAGCCUGGAACAUUUUCGGCUGGGUUUUUUGUUAUUUCCUACUCCCCGAGACGAAGAAUCUCACGCUCGAGGAAUUGGAUAAUGUCUUUGGCAUGUCGAAUCGUGAGCAUGCGACGUACUACACGGAGAAGUUGCCUUGGUAUAUGAAUAAGAUGUUGAGGAGGGAUGUGGAACCUUUUGCUCCGUUGUAUCAGUUUGCUGAGUAUGAGGCGGAAAGUAUCCGUCAGACGAGUGUUGCUUCGGAGAAGGCACUGUAG